AUGGGGGACUCCGGCGGCUCCGUUGUGUCGGUCGACGUCGAGCGCAUCUCCUUCGGCGGCAAGGAACACCAUAUACAAACGAGUCAUGGACCUGUAUCUGUUGCAGUGUAUGGUGACCAUGACAAGCCUGCCCUUGUUACUUAUCCCGAUAUUGCUUUAAACCAUAUGUCCUGCUUCCAAGGACUAUUGUUCUGUCCUGAAGCUGCUUCACUGCUGCUUCAUAAUUUUUGCAUUUACCAUAUUAGCCCUCCAGGACAUGAGUUAGGAGCUGCUCCAAUUUCGCCAAAUGCUCCUAUACCAUCUGUUGAUGACUUGGCAGAUCAGGUUGCAGAUGUCCUCGAUUUCUUUGGAUUAGGUUCUGUUAUGUGCUUUGGUGUCACUGCAGGUGCCUACAUUCUAACUCUGUUUGCGGCAAAGUAUAGGGAACGGGUACUAGGUCUUAUCCUUGUUUCACCUCUAUGUAAAGGCCCCACUUGGACUGAGUGGUUAUACAGUAAGGUGACAUCCAAUCUGCUGUAUUACUAUGGGAUGUGUGGGUUGGUGAAGGAGUGCCUACUUCAGCGGUACUUCAGCAAGGAAGUGCGAGGAUUCUCUGAAUUACCCGAAUCAGACAUAGUGCAGGCUUGUAAAAGCUUGCUAGAUCAGCGGCAGAGCAUGAAUGUAUGGCGCUUUGUACAGACGAUGAAUGAGAGAUAUGACUUGACUGAACAGCUAAAGCAGCUUCAGUGUAGAACCCUGAUUUUUGUCGGCGAGAAUUCUCAGUUUCACACCGAGGCUGUUCACAUGACAUCGAAGCUCGACAGGAGAUAUUGUGCUCUAGUUGAGGUCCAAGCAUGCGGAUCACUCGUAACCGAGGAGCAACCACACGCAAUGCUUAUACCAAUGGAGUACUUCUUCAUGGGAUAUGGUCUGUACAGGCCUAGCCAGCUGGACUGCAGCCCGCGGAGCCCCCUGAGCCCAUUCUGUAUAUCGCCGGAUCUCCUGUCACCUGAGAGCAUGGGGGUGAAGCUAAAGCCGAUCAAAACGCGAGUCAGGCUUGAAGUGUAG